GUUGGGCCAAAGGAGUUGGUGGGUGGUGGAGGUCCUUGCCAGAGGAGCCCCCCCCACCUCUUGGGUGGCGACAGUGGGCGCCAGCCUCCCCCUUGGUCGAGAGGAGGGAUUGGUGGGGGAGAGGAGAGCCUUGGGCCAGACUCCCUUCCCUCUCCCUCCCUCUCUGCCUUUGAGCCUGGGGUGUGGGGGGAAAAUCCUAAUUUGGGGAGGUGGAUUUCAAGGGCACCUCUCUUAACUUUCUGGGACUGCAGCAAAUACUUCCAGGGGGCGGGGUGGUCAUUUCUCUGAUUCAGAGUUGGAGACUUUUUUUGCCUUUUCCUUUUGGGUCUUUCCGGAUAACUACACUGCUCUCUCCCCAGUCAACCUUAGCUGUCCUAAUGUAUUUUUAAAAUCCUGCCCCUCUCCCCCAGGACUCCUCUUCCUCUCUCUUCUUCCCCCUUUCAGCAUUGAAGUAUUUGGCUUCUUUCUUGCAGAAGCCAUGGGUUCCCCCCUUCAUGCUCCAAAAAAGAAACUCGCCCUGCUCUGAAAAAAAAAACUACACUUAAUGUUGUCUUCUUCCUCACCCCACCUUUCCGCCCCCAAAUUAUGGUGAGAAAUAGUCUUGCUUGCUUUCAUAGUAGUGACUAAGGGCUUGUUCACCAUCAGUGCCGUACUUAAGUAGCAGUGCCCAUUACCGCUCAACUGGUCUCUGGAUGGCAGACUCUGAAACGAAAUGCUGUUUUAAGAGACACCAAAGAUGCUGACAAGAAAAAUUAAACUUUGGGACAUCAAUGCCCAUAUAACUUGCCGCCUUUGCAAUGGUUAUCUUAUUGAUGCUACCACUGUAACGGAAUGCUUGCAUACCUUUUGCAGGAGUUGCUUGGUAAAAUAUUUGGAAGAAAAUAAUACCUGUCCCACAUGCAGGAUAGUAAUACACCAGAGUCACCCUCUCCAGUAUAUUGGUCAUGACAGAACAAUGCAAGAUAUUGUUUACAAGCUUGUUCCAGGUCUUCAAGAAGCGGAAAUGAAGAAGCAGAGGGAAUUCUACCACAAAUUGGGCAUGGAAGUACCAGGUGACAUCAAAGGGGAGACGUGCUCAGCCAAGCAGCAUUUAGAUUCUCACCGUAAUGGGGAAACUAAAGCAGAUGAGAGCACAAACAAAGAAACAUCAGAAGAGAAGCAGGAAGAAGAUAAUGAUUAUCACAGAAGUGAUGAACAGGUAAGCAUCUGCUUGGAAUGCAACAGUAGCAAAUUGCGUGGAUUGAAGAGGAAGUGGAUUCGUUGCUCAGCACAAGCUACAGUCUUGCAUCUAAAGAAGUUCAUUGCCAAAAAACUUAAUCUUUCUUCAUUUAAUGAGCUGGAUAUAUUAUGCAAUGAAGAAAUUCUGGGCAAGGACCAUACUCUCAAAUUUGUAGUUGUUACAAGAUGGAGAUUUAAGAAAGCACCUCUACUGCUACAUUACAGACCGAAAAUGGACUUGCUGUAAGAACUGUUUUGUCCUUGUGGACGGUUUUUUGCAGAGACUAUCAUCAGGCACCUUCUUAGUGCAUCAUUACUCAAUUCACUCGUGACAUAGACCAGCAAAAUCCAUCCCUGAAAACAGUAGUACUUUCUCACUCCGCCAUUCUGAAUAUUUCUCUAAGAGAUGCAUUAAACUCAACUUUCAGGACAGUAAAAAAAAAAUAUUUAUACUAUUUUCUACAAAAAAAAAAAAAAAAGGAAAGUGCAGUUUGAACGGA